AGUCAAGCACAAUCUGUGAGCUUGAGAGCUGAACAACGUGAGCUGGAUGUUUAGAGAAUAACUGUAUCAAGUUUCCUUUUGAUAUGGAUAUUUUCCUGCUGACAUUAAUGACACUACGCUUUGAACAGCCUCUCAACCAGGUGAAGCUGGUUUAAAUAGGAAGGAAACUAGCUUUAUUUUCUGCCUCUGCUCGCCAUGUGGAGCUACAGUUUCAUGACCGAGAGGUUCAGCACUUCACUACAGUGAGGUAACAAGUCUGAAAUAGACUGGAUGAAAUCUUUAAGCUCUGUCCACAUCUGAAGGCUUUAGCUCUCCAACAGGAUGGAUGUCCUUUCAAACACCGUCUCCAUGUCCAACCACAUACAUGGAGAAGACCUCUCAUCUAUCCCGCCUCCUGCCAUGGCUAUUGAUAAACUCUUGCCUGCUCUCCUUGAGUGUUUUGGGAUCAUACUGUGUGGGUAUGUUGCUGGUCGGGCCAAUAUCAUAACUACUAAUCAAGCCAAAGGUCUGGGGAACUUUGUGUCAAAAUUUGCCCUACCAGCACUGCUGUUUAAGAACAUGGUGCUGUUGGACUUUGGUAAUGUCAUUUGGCCAUUUCUUUGGAGCAUCUUAGUGGCCAAAGUGGUUGUGUUCUUCGUUGUGUGUGUCCUAACGUUACUGGUGACCAGCAAGGAGAGUCGAUACGGCAAAGCUGGACUUUUCUCCAUAUUUGCCACCCAAAGUAAUGACUUUGCCCUGGGGUACCCUAUAGUUGAAGCUCUAUACAGAAACACCCAUCCAGACUACCUUCAGUAUAUCUACCUGGUGGCACCAGUCUCUCUCAUGGUGCUCAAUCCUAUUGGCUUUGCAUUCUGCGAGGUCCAGAAAUGGAAAUGUGAGCAACGGCAGCAGCAGAGUAAGCUGCAUGUGGUCGGAGUGGUCUUUAUUCACGUUCUCAAGAAUCCCAUUGUCUUCAUGGUGGUAAUUGGGAUUGCAGCACACUUUGUCCUAGGCCCAAAGAUCCCAGAUUUCAUGCAGGAGUUUGUGGAUGGUUUGGCAAACUCUUUUGGUGGAGCAGCUCUGUUUUAUCUGGGUCUGACCAUGGUGGGGCAGCUGAAGAAACUAACCAGGUCCACUGUGGUGGCUCUCAUACUGCUCAUCACUGCCAAAUUACUGGUGAUGCCACUGAUUUGUCGAGAUAUGGUGGAGGUUUUGGACAGGCGGAAUAUUAGCUCCCAAAACCAGAGCAGUCUCUCUAACUAUGCCUUCCUGUAUGGCAUUUUCCCCACUGCACCCAGUGUGGCCAUUUACGCCAGUCACUACAACAUGGAGCUACAGGUGAUGACCUCAGGGAUGGUGAUCAGCACAUUCCUCUCUGCUCCGAUAAUGUAUGUCUCUGCAUGGCUGCUGACUAUACCCUGGAUGGAUCCCAAACCACUAGAAUCAGCACUACAAAACAUUAGCUUUAACAUCAGCAUCGUCAGCCUAGUCGCUCUUGUGUGGUGUGUUGCUGUCAGUGUAAUGAGUAAGAAGUUCCGCAGACGUCCGCACAUGUUUACUAUCAAUCUGUUUGUGGCACAGCUGGGGGUGUGUGUCAGUAUGAUCGCUUGGAAUUUUGUGGUGGUUCAGGAUAACUACGUUGGUCAGAUUUUGACCUUUACUGUACUCUAUGGCUCACUCUACAGCACUUAUAUUUGGCCAGGUCUGAUAGCACUCUCUCUGUUCUUGUUGAGGAGGAAUGAGGAGCUGAAAGUGCAGCCUGGUGUUUUAAUGAUUACUGGUUGGGGAGUGCCAUGUGUAGCAAUAAUUAUCCUGCUCAUGGUGGGAGAGAAAAUGCCAGACACCAUUGACUCUGCAUUCUUUUUUGGCCCGUCACAGGUUGUGUGUACAGUGAUCGUAUCAGGCGUAGGUAUAGUUGUAUCAGGAAUUUCCCUCAUGCUGCUCAGCAGAGGCACACAGGAAUAUCAAACCCUUGAGCAUGCCACUGCGGAGGACCUCAGGACUGAAAACGAUACACAAACCCAAAGCAAUAUUGAGCAGACCACCAUAGAGGAUGGUAAUAGGAGAGGGUGUCAGGGAUGUGAGUGUAACAGUUCUUCAAUUGAGACUGUACCGAAUAAUAUUUGCCACAGCCCUGUGGAGGACACACCAUUUAUACAGCCAGAUCAGUGUGGGAACUGCUGUGACUCCUCUCAUUGCUUGCUGGUAGAAGAGGAACAGAAGCAGCAGACUGCAGACAGACAGGUUGCUCGACAUGUACUGCUCUGUCUGCUACUCACUGUCAAUCUCCUGGCUAAUAUCUCCAGCUACCUCUGGUGGCUUUUCAGUCCAGUUCCAGGCAGACUCUACUUAGAGCUGCAAUUCUUUUGUGCUGUGAUCAACUUUGGACAAGGUUUUAUAUCAUUCGGCAUUUUUGGUCUUGAUAAACAUUUUAUCAUUAUACCAUUUAAAAAGAGGUUAGCACGUCUGAUGCAGACUCCGGGACAGGAGGCAGCAGGUUCCACUAAUGUGUCCGAGGAGAUCAGACUCACCUGCAGUCAGUUUCUUAAGUACCAUAAAGAACAAUGUGCCCAGGACAUUGUCCAGAAAAAGAGGUGUGGGGAGCACAGUGUAGUUCACACAUUUCUUGGCAGUGAAAUGGUGCUGUGGCUGCAGACUGUUGGAUUGGCCAGUGACCAGGGGGAGGCACUGCUCUAUGGCUCCCAUCUGCUGGAAGGCGGAGUCAUCCACCACAUUACUCAUGACUAUGGUUUCCAAGACGACAACCUGCAUUACUGUUUCAUGGAGGGCUGCGUGAUUCAUCACUAAAGCCGGAUGAUAUCGUACCCACAAUAGACAAAUGCUGGUUCAGAUUUUAGACUGUUGAACGUAACAACUGACAAACUUUUAGUGUGAUUCCUGACUUGGUAUGCGUUAUACUUGGUGUAAACUGGCUUGUUUACAGAAAGAAAAGGGAUGCAGUUAACCAAGUGCUGCUUUGAAGAGCAAACUAUAUAUACAUUAUAUUAAGCUGUACAAAGGUACAGUGCACUGAAUAUUUUGAAUACAAUCCAUCAAGACCAUCAGAGCUUUAAGCAAGACAUAUACUGUAAUAGUAUAUAAGCUGCAUCAUUUCUGCUAAACCUUAAAUUUUAUCAAACGCUCUGAAAACGGACCUCUUCUGAUAAGGAAGGCUUUUCAUCUAAUUUUUCCCCAUUACAGGCCUUCUAACAGAUUAACAUUCUACACUUGCAGUCAGAAGUUUACAUAUACACAGACAUGAAUGUCAUGACAAUACUGGGCUUUCAAUUAUUAUUAUUAUUUUAUUUUUUUUAAACUGAGGCCCAGCUUCAGCUCUUGGUAACAGGGUGGGCCAGGGAGAUUUUAUGAGGGGCAAGUUAAAUAAACAUACAGUAUAUCCUUGUGAUGGUACUAAUUUUUUCUCUCCUUUUUUUUCCCCCACCUCCCCCUCUUCGGUGGGGUGGGCCAGCCUUGUGUUUGGUGGGCUAGGCCUUCCCAGGGAGCUGGGUCCGUUUGAACUGUCCUUUUCAUGUGGCAAAAUGAUUGUACUAACAUUUGUCGGUUAAAAAAAAACAAUUACUUGGUGCACAAGUUUGAAUUUAUUUUGGGUUUUCUGAAAUCAAUCAACACAGGGUCAAAAAUAUGCAUACACCCACUUAAUUCAGUGGUGCUAAAGUUCCCAAAUGUCUUUGAACUUGCCAAGGCCUCUUUAACUUCCUGUUUCUGAUCAUGGUUAACUACAGUUGGUAGGUUCUCUGUGCCAAAAUAAAAAGCAUUUGGUUUACCACACUCAGUGGAUUGACCAACACAAAGUACAAUGGGGAAAGUCCAAGGAGCUCAGUGUAGAACUGAAGAAGAGGAUCACAGAUUGAUACAACUCAGGAAAGUCUCUUGGAGCCAUUUCUAAACAACUGCAGACACCAAGAUCAUCAGUUCGGACAACUGUGUGUAAAAGCUAUCGGGAGCCACUUUGUCAAACCACUUUGCUGGAAGAAGACCCAAAUUGUCUCCCUCAGCUAAGGGGAAAUUGGUUCAGAUGGUCAGGAACCACCAAGGCACAGGCCUGCCAUGAACUGAAAGAAGCCCCUGCUUAAAAAUCAACACCUUCAAGAUUAAGUUUGCAGCUGACCACAUGGAAAAAGAAAUGGCCUUCUGGAGGAAAGUUUUAUGGUCAGAUGAGACAAAGAUUGAGUUGUUUGGCCACAAUGACCAGAAGUACAGAGGAGCACUGUACCAGCUGUUAAGCAUGGUGGUGGUAGCAUCUUAUUCUGGGGCUGUUUUGCUGCCAGUGGAACUGGUGCACUGCACAAAGCGGAUGGAAUAAUGAAGGAGGAUGACUACCUUAGAAUUCCUCAGCAUAACCUCAAACCAUCAGCUCAGACACAAUUGGGUCUUCCAACAGGACAGUGACCUUAAAAUGCACAUCAAAGCUGGUUGUGGAACAGAUAAAGCAGGCUUAAACUUAAAACAAGUCCUGACUUCAACCCUAUUAAAAUUACGUGGGCUGUGCUUAAAAGUCAGGUCGGUGCCAGGAAACACACAGGUUCAAUGAACUCAUCAAUUCUACCAAGAAGAGCGGUCAAAUAUCCAUCCAGAAUUCUGCCAGAAGUUUGUUGAUGGCCACCAAAAGCAUCAAAACUUGCUAAGAGACAUUUAACUAAAUAUUAGGUGUGCUGUAUGCAUAAUUUUGACCAGCUAGUGGUUAGCGUGUCCACCUCUUGAUUGGGAGAUCACGAGUUCUACUCAUGGUCAGGUCAUACCAAAGAAAGACCAUCAUGAAAAUGGUACCUACUGCUGUCUGGCGAGGCACGCUGCAAUACAGAUGCGAGUGGGGAGUCAAACUCUCACGGUUACCAGAGGACUAGCCCCCCACUGUAACCCUAGCUAUGUAAUAGGCGAGAGGCCGAGGGCUAUGCGCCACAUAGCGUGGGAAGGACUUUGAUUUUAUUGUAUAAUUUUGACCCCGUGUUAAUUUCAGAAAAUCCCAAAUAAAACUUGUGCAUCAAAUUCUUUUUUUCCUGAUGAAAGAUGUUGUAUAAAUCAUUCUACUACAAAAAAAGAACAGUUCAAAGAAAUAAUUGAAAGCCCACUAUUGCCAUGACGUUCAUGUCCAUAUACAGUACCAGUCAAAAGUUUGUACACCCCACUCAUUCAUAGGUUUUUCGGUAUUUUGACUAUUUUCUACAUUGUAGGACAAUACUGAAGACAUCAAAACUAUGAAAUAACAUACGGAACAUAUAUGGAAUUAUGUGGUAAACAAAAAAAAGUGUUAAAAACAAAAUGUUUCAUAUUUUAGAUUCUUCAAAGUAGCCAGCGUUUACCUUCAUGACACUUUGCACACUAUUGGCAUUAUCUUAACCAGCUUCAUGAGAUCGUCACCUGGAAUGCUUUUCAAUUAACGGGUGUCUCAUCAAAAGCUAAUUAGUGCAAUUUCUUGCUUUCUUAAUGUGUUUGAGAUCAAACAGUAAAUAAUAAAAAUACAGUAAAUAGCCCUAUUUCACAACUGUAUGAUGUCAAGAACCGCUCAACAAAGAGAAACAUCCAUCAUUACUUUCAGACAUGAAGUGUAUAUUCAUUCAUAAAAAAAAUAAAGAAAAAACAUCGAAUUAGAAAGCGUGUCCAAACUUCUGACUGCAACUCUAUAACCACAACUUCGUUCGAGCUGCCAGGAAGCACAUAGAGGCUCAUGCAUGAUUUUUUUGCAUCGCUCUGAUGUCACAUGAUUGGCUGAUUAGAUAACUGCAUGUGUGCGCAGGUAUACAGGUCUUCCUAAUACAGUGGAUGGUGUGUGUACACUAGUGACAUAUUCCUGAGGUCUUCCACAAAGAUCAGUAAGAAAAUGUUUAUACAGAAACACUCAGGGGAAAAAUAAAGGGUUUUUUUCUUUUUAAAUAAUAUUCAUUAUUAUUUCUGACUUUCAGUUUCAAUUGAAUUGCCAUACAUUGUCAUUUAUCCCAUUAUUCAGAGUUCAAAACACAUUCGAUAACAUAACUAUGUAAAACAUUGUACGAGUGUGCCAUACAGGACAUAUACUGUUAAGGUUUUACUGAUCAACGACAUUUCCUCUGAAGACCAAGGAAGCAUUUGUUUGUGUGCGCACGCGCAUGUGCGCACAUCAUUUAAAACCACCCUCUUAACAAUUAAACCUAACCAUUAGUUGCAGGGAUUCUGUCAGCGUGUUAGUUGUCUGGUGUUAGCACUGUGUAACACCAGCAACAUUAUCUGUAAAAAACAUAUGACUAAUAAUAUUUUUGUUAUCUUUUUAUUGGAGAUACAGCUGUUUUCAUGUCUACAUUGCAUAUCACUAAUAUCUCAAUUGUGCAUCAAAUAAAACCAUUUUUUCCCAAA